GUAAUGUAUCACCAAGGGUCAAGGGGUUAAGAUUAAUUUUUGCUAAUUCUAAGUGGUGUAUUACCAAAAUGAUUUAUUUUCCUAAAAGGUGUUGACAAGUUUCUAAUGGGCGGUCAGACUAAACAACAAUUUCUACACUUAUCUCAACUACUUACAGCUUUAAGAACAACAACUUCCUAUAAAAUGAAGGUUAAAUUAAAAUAUUAUAUUCUCUUCCUAGUUAUGUGCUCAACAUCCAUGUAUUUAAGCAGUUCGUGUCCUAGUUCAUGAGAUAGACACCAGAGUACUUUUUCUUCACCUCUUUUUGUCUCUUCCCUCUAUUUGGAUCCAACUGACCAAUUGAUCUUGUCAGUCUUUCUCUCAAUUGCGAAUAGUUCAGUUUUUUCCUCUUAUCUACAAAAACCCAUUUUCAGCAUUCCCUUCCUUGCUUCAAUACAAGGAAGUGGUUCUUUACUAAGAUUCUAUCUGAACUAUAUAAAUCACAGACUAUAGAGAUGUUAUCAGUAAGUUUAUGCAUUGGUACCUUAAUUCUUAUCUGCAUUACUCACUGGGUCUACAGAUGGAGAAAUCCCAAAUGCAAUGGAAAACUUCCUCCUGGUUCAAUGGGUAUCCCACUUCUUGGCGAAAGUCUUCAGUUCUUUGCACCAAAUACUUCAUCUGAUGUUCCUCCUUUCAUCAAGAAAAGAAUGAAAAGAUUUGGCCCAGUUUUUAAAACUAGCUUGGUUGGGCGAUCAGUCAUCGUAUCGACAGACCCAGAAAUAAAUUACUUUAUUUUCCAACAAGAAGGAAAAUUAUUCCAGAGUUGGUAUCCUGAUACUUUUACGGAGAUAUUUGGGAAACAGAAUGUAGGAUCCUUACACGGGUUCAUGUACAAGUACCUGAAGAACAUGGUUCUGAAUCUCUUUGGUCCUGAAAGUCUAAAACAAAAGCUCCUCCCUCAGGUGGCACAGGCGGCAAGAAGCAAUUUGUCUUCAUGGGCUAAUCAGGAUAGCGUAGAAGUGAAAGAAGCCACUGCAAAUAUGAUAUUUGAUCUAACUGCAAAGAAGCUUAUCAGUUACCAAUAUGAUCCGACCAAGUCCUCAGAAAAUCUAAGAGAAAACUUUGUUGCAUUUAUACAGGGAUUGAUUUCUUUCCCUCUAGACAUUCCUGGUACCGCAUACCACAAAUGUUUACAGGGUCGGAAAAAAGCAAUGAAGAUGUUGAAAGAUUUGCUACAAGAGAGACGAACAGCACCAAAAAUUAGUCAUGUGGACUUCUUUGAUUAUGUCCUUGAAGAACUAGAUAAAGAAGGAACAGUACUAACUGAAGCAAUUGCGCUGGACUUAAUGUUUGUCCUUCUCUUUGCAAGCUUUGAGACUACUUCCUUAGCGAUAACAUUAGCCAUUAAGUUACUAACGGAGAACCCUGCAGUGCUGGCAGAAUUAACAGAAGAACACGAGGAAAUUAUCCGGAACAGAGAAAAUAAGGAUUCAGAACUGACAUGGCAGGAAUACAAAUCAAUGACUUUCACAGCUAAGGUAAUCAAUGAAACAGUGAGACUGGCGAAUAUUGUCCCUGCAAUUUUCAGAAAAUCAUUAAAAGAUAUCCAAAUUAAAGGAUACACAAUACCAGCAGGCUGGGCUGUUAUGGUUUGCCCUACAGCAGUGCAUUUGAAUCCUGACAAGUACAAAGAUCCCCUUGAGUUCAAUCCACGGAGAUGGGAUGUGAGUAAUAUACCACAUAUUUUCCUAUCUUUAUUGCCUGGCUACCAAACUUUUGCUUACUUUCUCCGGGGUACUCAUUCACAUCAAAUAAAUUUGUCACAGGGAGUGGAAUCGAAUGGAGCAUCAAAACAUUUCAUGGCUUUUGGUGGUGGUAUGAGAUUUUGUGUCGGAACAGACUUCACCAAGGUUCAAAUGGCUGUCUUUCUUCAUUGCUUGGUUACAAAAUACAGGUGGACAGCAAUCAAAGGGGGGAAUAUUGUUCGGACUCCUGGUUUAGCAUUUCCAAAUGGUUUGCACAUUAAGAUUUUAGAGAAGGAUAACUAAAAGCAGACCACAAAAAAUAUAAAUACUGAUCCGAGAACACAAAACGCUCACGUGGCAUGUAUUACUAAAAGCCUAAAUGUUCCAACUAACAGUCUCUUGACAAAAUACCCAAGCUGUAAAAAUAUGAAGAGUCAACAAUACCUUGCACGAAAGUAGAAGAAGAAAC